AUGUCACAGGAACAGGAAGUUUCUCACCCAGCACAUCUUGAACCCAGUGAGCUCGGGACAAAAGAGUACUGGGACAAUUACUACCAGAAUGGCCUCGACAACGAGGAGGACUCUAAUGGCGCGGAGGACGACGACGACGACGACGACGAGGACUUACCUCCCCACCUAUUGCAGCUGGAGUCGUGGUUCGACGACGUUGGCGCCCCAACAAAGACGUCCGAGUUCUUAACUUCGACGUCUUUCCCUUUGUCCCCAAACUACGUUUCUACCAAGGACGAAGGUGGCAAAUCUACGUCGUCGGAGUUGGGACAUGAUUUAAGGAUCAUAGAAGAACGGCCUACCGUUCUUGAUCUCGGCACCGGAAAUGGUAGCGUUCUUUUCGCUUUAAGAAUUGAAGGCCAAUAUACGGGCCGCAUGGUGGGCGUAGAUUAUUCAAGUCAGAGCAUCGAAUUGGCGAGGAAAUUGGCAAGGCAAUAUCUGCCUUCAGCAUCGAUAUCAACGUCGAAUUCAAAUUCUAUGACAGACUCAAACGCGUCGUCCAGUGAAAUCACAUUCGAAGUUCUUGAUAUCAUACACGACGAUCCAACGGUUCAAGCGUGGUGGCCUAAGACAACUGCCUCCAUCGCCGCAGGGUCAGAGGAAGGGCCAUGCGCAGGCUUCGACCUCGUCCUGGACAAAGGCACAUUCGACGCCAUCUCGCUUUCGUCAUCCAUCGUGACAGACGCAACUACGGAUCGCACACAGCGGAUCUGUGAACUGUACCCAGCCAAGGUCCUCGCUAUGGUCAAGCCAGGCGGCUUCUUCCUUGUGACCAGCUGUAAUUGGACUGAGGAAGAGGUGGUGACCUGGUUCACUGGUAUAAGUACAGUGGCAGACCAUGCUGUUGGUGCCGGCGCAAGUGCGAAUGCGAGUGAGAGUGAGAGCGAGAAUGCCGAAGGGAUAGAGAUUAAGGGGAAGAGUAGAGGGAAAGGUAGAUUCGAAGUAUAUGAUCGCAUCAAGUACCCCGUCUUUGAGUUCGGGGGGCACAAAGGGCAAGGAGUCGCGAGUGUUUGUUUUAAGAAAGUUUGGUAA